AAUAUGUAGCUCAUAUAUGAUCCAAAACAAGCAAAUGAGACGUUUAAGAAUUAUAACAGUAUCUAUUUGCAUGUAGUCUUUAAAAGGCUUUAUCACCCAUCCGUGUUAUGGUGCAUCAAUACACAAGGAGUUAAAAGAAAAAGCAGCUUGGCUUCUAUGCUGGAUGAGGAAGUAGGAAGUGCUGUAUUUUACCCUGGCGCCGAGAUCGGGGCUGGGGGUAUUUACAGCAUAGGCGCCCUGACUGCAGGGGAGCGGACUUUGCGGCUCUCGGCGUCGGGCGGCUGGAGGUGGCCGCGGCCGUUUUCGAAGUAUGGAGUAUACAUCUUCCCUGCAUUUGCGCCUGCCGAGCUAAAACAAGAAGCACGCGAGAUGGAUCCCACCCCAGAAAUCAGCAGCGAGUCCCCGACAGACCCCGGCACCUCGCAGACGCGGAUGUUCUGCAAGCUGUGCCUCACCGACUGCGCAUCAGCUGCGAUGAGCAGACUGCAGACCUGCGGCUGCAUUUUCUGCACCUGGUGCCUGCAGCAAUAUGUACAGCUGGCGAUUCGUGAGGGUGGGGGAACCUCCAUUACCUGCCCCGACAUGGCUUGCCUGAAGAGCGGGGCCCUCCUAGACUCUGAGAUUGCCAGCUUUGCUUCCGCAGACCAAGUUCAACUCUACCAGCGGCUGAAAUUCGAGAGAGGUGUGCAGCUGGACCCCAGUAAAACCUGGUGCCCAGUAUUGGAGUGCCAGGCCGUGUGUCGUGUGCAGCCCAGUGCCGCGGGCGAGCCCACGUCCGUGCCCUGUCCAGCCUGCCAUGCCGUUUUCUGCUCUCUGUGUAGGGGCCCCUGGGAGGAGGGCCACAUCUGCUCAGAGCACCGGCCCCUGGCCUCCCCAUCUGAGCCCGGCAGCGUCCACUCGAGCACAGAGGUGGACGUGUCCAUAAAGCAGUGCCCAAUGUGCGGGGUUUACAUCGAGCGGAACCAGGGCUGUGCCCAGAUGCUCUGCAAGAGCUGCAAGCACACCUUCUGCUGGUACUGCCUCCAGAACUUGGACGGGGACAUAUUCCUACGUCACUAUGACAAGGGACCAUGCAGGAAUAAGCUGGGUCACUCACGGGCAUCCGUCAUGUGGAACAGGACACAGGUGGUCGGCAUCCUGGUGGGCGUUAGCGUCAUCGUGCUGGUGACAUCGCCGCUCCUCCUGCUCGCCUCGCCCUGCGUCAUGUGCUGCAUCUGCAACCCGUGCCGCGGCAAGAAGAAGCGCAAGAAGAAGAAGAAGAAGGAGCCGGGCUUGCCGGAGUCCACUGUAUAAACGGCUACCCCCGCGCCCCCGGUCCCCCCCUCCCCCAGACCCGUGUGCCCAUGUCCAUGCUCUAUGCCAAACCUGUCAUGUUAGGUGCACAAGUGCCUCCUCUCGCAGUGCCUGUUUUAAACGGUGGUCAACUUCUGUUUUAUCUUCCAUUUUAUUAUGCAAAAAAAUGUAUGUAUACAUGUGUAUAUAUAUCGCUGUUUCAAAAAAGCAGCAGCAACUACAGUUAAAGCAGCAACAUAAAUAACCUAAAGAAAUACCUUUCAUUCACUUGUUUGUGUGUUAUGGGAGGUGCACUGCGUACUGUAUUAGACUUGGGGGAACACAGGGCUUUAACAGAUAUAAAUAAGGGAUAUUUCUGCUCCAACUUGUGUUUCCCAUUCGGUAUGAUGAACCAAAGGCUCUGAUUAAUCAUGUGACAUUUGAUAUGUAAAUAUGUAUUUAUGGAUGUGUUCCAUGUCUUAUGUUUAUACUUUAGUGUUGACAGUUAUGCAUCAGAUAUUUUGUAAUAUUUCAUUGAUUCUAAUAAACAACAUUAUUGAAACUAA